AUGGAGGAGAAGAGUCAGCAGCCAGCGAAUGAAGUCCUGCAGGUAAGAUGGUGGCAGGAACAACCAGAGGAUCCAGGAAAAGGCUGCCCCUUUCAUGUAUGCAAGGAGUGCAGGGACUCAGUUGAUGGAGCCUUUAGUCAGGUUUGUAAUGGACAGGAAGACCCAAGAGACCUGGGAUGCUUAACUCACCAGAAUGCAGACUAGAGAUUCAUUUGUGUUCUUGAUGGAACGGGAGCUGAUCUUCUUUGCUCUUUGCUGAUGCUUUGUCUCUGAAUGCCUUUCAGCUGUGGGGGGCUUCAUCUAGGAUGCGUUCAGGUCUGCUUCCGACAUGAGCCAGUCUCUUGACCAAGCUUCUCUUCCCAUUCCCUCCACAACUUCUGGGUUGAUCCCCUUCCCCAUGGAUACAGAUCGGCCCAAAAUGGUGCUCAGUCACAGUGACCAAAGAGCAAGACAGAGGGACGAAUCCAGACUGCUGCUUGUCCCACCCCUUUCCUCCAGGAAACCCCAGUGUUUACUGCUGAAUUAGAGCAAACCUCAGCCAGGUUUUCUCCGGAUUGACGUUUGCUUUGAUGUUGCACCAAGGAGCAGGUUUUUCCUGAGGGAAAGCGGCAGGGCAAAGACAAAACCAUUUGGACCUGUGUUUUCUGGGCACAGGAAAAGCAGAAGUGUGGAUGAGCCCAAGGAAAGACGGAAUUGUUUUUUUACCCCUUUGGAGACAUUUUAUGCUGCAGGUGCUUUUUUUUACUUCCAGAUGGAAAACAUAAUUUGAAAUUUGUGGACUUCUAUGGAAGACAGUUUGGGACAGUGCCCUGGCAGGAUUAUCCUGUAGGCUUACUUACAUCUGAAUUGCACAAUGCAAACUGGAUUAAAGUUUUUAAAUUAUAAUCUAAGACUAGAGAUGGUGUGAAUUGUCUCUUGAACCCACAAAUGUGAAAUUUCCCUAAAAUGCUGGUGGGUUUUCAAAAGGAUUUUAAACAAAAAUGGCAAGCUGAUGUGGAAAUGUGGAGAUCUUGAAAUCAGAACAAUUAAUAAUUUCAGAAUGGAAAAAUAAAAGCUGUGAGAAACCAAAACUGACUGAUUCCGCCAUCCCUACCCCAAACCUUGGCAUGUGCCAGGCAGACUGACAUCCGAGGGCCAGGGUCUGAGGGGUCUUCCUAGUGUGGCCUGUGGUGUGCAGUGAAUUCCCUUCUCUUUUCCCCUCUAGGAUGUGAGAAGGACCUUGCAGAGGUAAGUGGAUCUGGCUCAUUUCCAUUAGUAUCACUCCAUGAUGCCGGGAUGCAAGAACCUCAGACAUGGCCCUGCAGGGGGGAGACUGUAGGCCUCACUGCCUGCAGCAUCUCACAGGGAAAAGCAGGGGACCCUAUUUUGAACUUGUAGCCCCCCAAAUUUCCCUCCAAGGUUCAAGGUCAACUGCCUCCUCCCUCCCUCCCCACAUCACUUCACAAAGGGAUGGGGGCUCUUUUCUUUCUCUUGCACUUUCUGUUCAUGGACUUUUUGGUAAUUUCAAACAUCUAGAAGAGAAAGUGCCAAAGAUGCUUGGGAAGAGCUUAGGAUGUACCAACACAUUUCAAUGUCCAAGUAGCAUCUUGUCCAAGUAGCAGCCACCCAACUCUUGGCAGCUUUGGACAUCACUCACCUCCUCUGGAGAAGCUCAGGGAGGGAGGGAUUGCAGGCAUUCCACCUCAGGGGUUUGGUUCUUAAGUCCAGGCACCUUCCCAGAAAGCUGUUAGGGGGCAGCAUUUUUGGAAGCCAUGGGAGCCCUCCGGUGGUGUCGCUUGGGGUUACAUCUUGUCCCUUGUGCUGUUUAGCAUCCUUAGGAAGCCACUUACCAGGGCUUGGAGGUGGGUGUCAAGAGAUGAAGCUGAAUCCUGAAAAUUACCUGUUGGGAAAUGAACUUCAACUUUGUCCAUGUUAUUGAGAUCUCCUGCAAUAAUUUGGGAGAUAAUACCACAAUGGGGCCAUUCACUGUUUUUCUUUUCACCAGGUAUGAGGAAAGAGAGAGUCCAGAGAAGCCACUGGCUUUCCCUUCAGAACUGAGGAAUAGGAUCUUAAAAUCCUGUGAUCUAAAUCACCUUGUGGAGAAUACAAUGAAACAAUGGGAAGGUAAUGAAAACUGGAUGCCAGGAUUUCACACUGGGAAUUCUGUUACUUCUUCAGAACUGAACAUGCCAGGCUCUUACUGCAUGGAAUUGAGUAACCCCAGGAUACCUUCCUUCUUGGUGCUCCAGCCUUCAUUUCCUUUCCCCCAGAAUGGCCCCUGUAUAUUGUGACGCUGGAUCCUGUAAAGAAAGCCUGAACCAGAGUGUAGAGCAAAGUCAGGAUUUUUUCCUCCCGUGUGCAUCUGUUUACAGUUAUACAAAACCUCCUUUUCCUUGUGGUUCCCUGUCUGCACAAUCUGGGGUUGUCCUUUUGGAGGUUCUCCUGCUCUGAAUGGAGUCAAAGGGCAUUAAGAAGCCCCCAGUCCAAGAAUGUAGAGCCCAAUUUCAGGGACAAAGUAAGCUUGCUCUAUGAUUGUUGAGUUUUAAAUCUUUAGUUAUUUUCAUAGAUUCUUCCUAUGAUUUUCUUCUUUUUAAUUAUUUUUUUGUACAAUUCAAUUAAUAUUUAAUAAUUGUACUUGAAUUUAAGGAUGCCACAUUAUAAAAUGUUAGUUUUGUAUGGAGAUUUAUCUCAGGUGGAAUAAUGUUGCCCUUACACUUUAUAUCUUUUUGCUUCCUCAGUUGCUGUGUUAUACAGAAAACAGCUUCAGAAAGGUAAAUUUCCAGGGAGGAACAAUUUCACAGGAGGGAUAGGGACUGAUAAUUCAUGGGUGUUGAACCGUCUGUUCUGCAGACUUUGGGACCCCCAUCAAUGGCGUCACUCUGGGAAAUGAUCCUCUAGUGGCGUUUGGGUUCUUUGUCUGCCCCAUUAAUGAACUGGGAGGGAGUUUGAAGGCUUGGAUUGGGGGCAGAGCUUGUCUCUGCAAACAAUCUGCACACCAGUCUGAGUUAAUUUUCCGCCAAUAGACUAUUAUCUUGGUUUCCCCUUUAAUUUUAUAGAUUUUGCUUUCUUUCAUAAAAUUUAUAUACUGCUUGAUUGUGGGUAAAAGCCUCAGAGCCUUACAAUAUCUUACAAAAGCCCUUAAGGAGAUUUCUGAAGGGUCAGUCCAGUGUCCAUCUUGUUGAGUUCUCAAGUAUAAGGAAUCCCCUUUGCAUUUUGUUUUCCCUCCACACAAUCUGGAGAGGUUCUUUUGGGGCUUCUCUAGAUUUGCUUGGAUUUCCCCCUCGUGAAGUGUGUUAAAAAGGGCACCCGCAAGCACCCAGUCCCUCCUCCACCUCCUGCCAGGCUGGUCUCCCAGCAGCAGAGCAAGGCCUGAGCCGCCUCUUCCUCAGAGUUUCAACCUCACCAGCCAUUUCUCGUGCUUCAGCCAUCCCCAUCUCCUCAGAGUUCCCACGGUUCUUAGGAGAUCAGCCCUAUUCCAUGUGGGAGGAUUUCCCAUUGCACGAGUCCCUUGGAAUUACAGGGUAAAGCUCUGCCGAUUUUUCCUCUGCAAUUUGGUUUGUCAGCAUACUUGGAAAUUCCAGUUUCAACAGCUUUGCCCCACCAGUUUACUUGGGGCAGAUGUUAAACCUUUCUUCAUCCAUCCAGUUCAGAUCCCCAUUUCAUUUGUGGAUUUGGAAUGAUUGUAUUCCGCCAUUUCCUAGUAUGGUUUACCAUUUCUGAUUUUCCCAUGAAAUCAUGGAAUAGCAGAGUUUGAAAGGAUCCCAAGGAUCAUCUAGUCCAACCCCCUGCAAUGCAGGAAUUACAGCUAAACUCGUUAGUUGUUUUAAUUCCUUAGGCCUAGUGAUAUUACAUUCUCAAGAAUAAUCUUUUGGAGAAUAUUUAACAUCACUACUUAGGCCUACAGUUGUUGUCUUUGCAUGAUUUAAUCUUUUGAUUGAAAUAAAGAAACAAGAGAUGCUAUGAUAUGAUGUUUUGUAAAAAAUAGAUUUAUUUUUUAGCUAUUGCACUGUAGCCUGUUAAGCCUGUCUUUUUGCUUCCUCAGAUGUUCAGUCAUUCAGACAUCUUCAGAGAGAUAAAUUUCACAUGGAGACCCCAAUUCACAGGGGGGGGGGGACUAGUGUUUCAUGGGGGUCAAGAGUCUCUUGUACCGACUUCCGGUUAGCGCCAGCGCUUAAUGGCAGAUUUCCCCCGGAGCUCCCGAGGGAGCUCUGCUUCAUAGGUUCGGGUCCCGCAGCCACGGCGGAGCGGGGACCCUUAAAAAUCACAGGUGCGAAGCCUGUGAACCGGAGACUCGGUGGGCACCUUUGCGCCCCCCCAAAGCUGUGAAGGAGCCUUUUUAAAGGCUACGGAACAGCAGCGGGUGUGUGGCGCGGUGCUGAGAGUCGUUUUACCCAGCCUGCGAAGUGAAGCCGCGUCGCCAUUAGCGGAGAGCGCUGACUUCUUCCUGAGAAUUGGAGCUAAAAGAAACAACUAUCCGUGAGUAGGAUACGUGUUUAAGGAUUAACUGGGAACUAAAUUUAAAGAAUUUUGGCACCGAGACGGAAAAGCAAUAAAAAGGAAGUCUGCUUUCCGUUCUGCAGCAAGAUCAAAGCAAAGGAUUGUUAAGCUGAAACCUUUGAAGAUUCUGUUGUUGGAUAAGUAAUCCAUCGUCAAAGAGACUGGGAUCUCCCCCCCAAAGGCAGGAGUGGGGGGGAAGAAAGUGUGCUUUAAAUGCCUGCAUUUAUAGAAAGAAAUAGAAGUUUACACCGCUGUAUUUCAACCCUGGGAACGGACUGCCGGAGAAGAGAAACCAGCUGUGGACUGUUGCUACAUUAAGGUAAAAAAGUAACUGGGAUAUUGACUUUGAGCUUGGAUACUUUGAGCCUGGAAAUAUUUUGACUUUGUUGCAUUCUGUGGACUUAUGAAGGACAGUAUCUUUGUGGCUCCUUAAGAAAUUUUUAAAGAGACUUUGGGAUUGUUUUAAAAGACUUUGGGACUGGUUUAUGCUAAAAAUUGCAAUUGAGAACUUAGAUAUUUCGCCCUCUAGAGGAAAUUUGGAUGGUUUCAGUAAUAAUGGGACUUUAGUCUGUUGAGCUAUUGUGAAACAAGUCCAUGAGUGUGGGAAUGACCUUGACUGCAGGAUAUUGUUAUGGCAGAUGACAAAGAGAAAGAGAAAGGAGAAUUACAGGAAAAAACCUUGAGAUCCGGUAGACAAUACAAGAUUGACAUUUUGAAACAAAGAAGGGCUUCCACAUCCGGAGCCUCUGGAACAGCAGCUGUCUCACAGAUAAAAGCAAGAGCUAUGUCUUCUGAAGACCCACUUGCGAAGGCACUUGGGAAAAUUAAUGACUCUUUGGAACAGUUAAAAAAGCAAGGAGCAGAGACCAGUAAACAAGUUGCUGAAACCAAUAAGAAAGUAGCUGAGAUCUCAGGGAAAAUUGACCUAAAUACUAAAAGUAUAAUUGAACUUGGAAAUAAGGUGAAUUUUAACACAGAGACAAUUGGAAAAUUGCUUGAGGAAUCAUUCACCACUCGAAAGAUAGCUGAGGAGGCUAAAGAACUUGCAACUGCUGCUGACAAAAGGUUUCCACCGGUACUUAGGAAAUUGGAGGAUCAUGAUCUGACACUGUCUAUGAUCGAGAUCCAAAGGAAAGAGAGGAAUUUGAGGAUCAGAUCAGUACCGGAAAGUGAAGGAGACAACUUGGUGGAUUAUUUAACAAAAGAGUUUUUAGAUUUUUGGCAGCAGGAUUUGGACAAGGAAGAAUUCAAGAUAGAGAGCGCAUUCAGACUGGGAACAAGACAAAGAAAGAACAAGGUAAGAGACUGUCUGAUAACUUUAAGAUCAAAGGAAGAGAGGGACAAAAUUUUGAAUCUGCAUUAUCAAAGAACAUUGCGAAUUGAAGAUUCUUUCGUGGAAAUUUUCAAAGAUAUCCCGAAACUUAUCUUGGAGGCAAGAGGUCAAUAUAAGGAUCUGGCGGUACUACUGAAAAGGAACAACAUACCAUUCAGGUGGGAAUUCCCUCAAGGCCUAUCUUUCAAAUACAAGGGAAGGAAAAGAAGAAUAAAGACAGUGAGUGAUAAAGAUAAGUUCUUACGAGAACACGAAGAGGACCUUCAGGAGGAGGCGGAUUUGGGACAAGAACCACUUCUUUCAGGAAAGGGAAUACUGGACAUAGCAAACUUACCAUACGGACCGAAACCACUGACAGAAGAAGAACAACAACUUGGAGCAGUAGGAGGGAUAAAUAAAUAGCCCCAUCAUGGCUCUGCAACUUCUAAGUUGGAACUGCAACGGUCUAAACAUUCCCCGGAAGAGGAAAAGUGUCUUUCACAUACUAAAGAAAGAGCAAUUGGACUUGAUUUGUUUACAAGAGACACAUGUGACGAGGUCACACAGGAAAAUACUUAUUAAUAAAAGAUUGGGACAAGAAUUUAUAUCUUCAGACAGAGUAAAAAAAAAAGGAGUGGUGAUAUAUGCAAAGGAAAGAUUGCUACCGAAACUAAUUUUUAAAGACGAUCAAGGAAGAUAUCUGGCAAUUGAAAUUCAAGUUCAAGGAGAGAAAUUUUUGAUUGUGGGAAUUUAUGCACCGAACGAAGGGAAAGCUGAGUUUUAGAAGAAGUUGCAUGAGACACUGUUGGAUUAUAUGGACUAUAAUUUAAUUAUGAUGGGUGACAUGAAUGGAGUAGUAUCGACAAAUAUGGACAAAGCACAAAGACAGGUAGUUACAAAAGACGGAAGACUACCAAAAACUUUCUUUGACAUGACUGACAAUAUGGACUUGGUUGAUAUUUGGAGAAUAAAACAUCCUCUUGAAAGAGAGGGAACCUUCUUUUCUGAAGCCAAAAUGACAUGGACUAGGAUUGACCAAAUUUGGGUUACUAGAGGAAUGGCACCAAAGAUAAAAAAAGUUGAUAUCUGCCCAAAAACUUGCUCCGACCACAAUGCUGUAAAGAUGGUGAUGAAGCAAACAACAGCUGGUACCUUCAGAUGGAGGAUGAAUGACACCUUAUUUGGAGAUGAGGAAGUUUGUAAAAAGGCCCAAAAAACCUUGAAAGACUACUUUGAAAUUAAUAUGAAGACUAAUGUAGAAAAAAGAGUAAUCUGGGACGCAAGUAAAGCUGUGAUGGAUGAGAGGAUUCUUGAUACAACAAAAUGCAAUAAAGAAGAGAAGCCAAAAUGAAAAGAAAGAAAAAAUUCUGGAGAAGAUAAAAGAGGGGGAAAAGAAAUUAAGAUCAAAACCAAAAUCGCAUGAGAUUCUGAGAGAAAUCAAGCUAUAUCAAACACAAUACAUGGAAUUGAUGAACCAAGAGAUAGAAUGGAAAAUUAAACAAAUGAGACAAAAGACUUUUGAAUCAGCAGAUAAAUGUGGUAAAUUGUUGGCUUGGCAAAUAAAGAAGAGACAAAAAUUGAAUACGGUUACAAAUUUAGAAGUCGAUGGAAAGAACAUCUAUAAUCCAAUUGAGAUCAGGAAUUGCUUCCAGAGAUACUUCAGGCAACUUUAUUCACAAGGGCCGCAGAAAGAAAUGGACAUAGAACAAUUUCUUGGAAAAAAUGGACUGAAAAAGAUUUCACAGGAAAGUAAAAGAAUUUUGAACCAGGAAAUAACAGAACAAGAAAUAGAAGGUGCCAUUCAAAAUAUGGCAUUGGGCAAAUCUCCAGGACCGGAUGGAUUGACUUCCAGAUAUUACAAAGUUUUGAAGGAGUGGUUAUUACAACCUCUGAAGGAAGUUUGUAAUGAAAUUAUGGAGGGGAAAAGGGCACCAGAUAUGUGGAAAGAGGCUUAUAUUACACUUACACCGAAGACAGAGACUGAAAAGACUCAACUUAAAAACUACCGACCUAUCUCACUAUUAAAUGUGGAUUACAAAAUUUUUGCAGACAUUUUAGCAAAGAGAUUGAAAAUAGUUUUGAUGGAGGAGAUUCACAGAGACCAAGCGGGCUUUCUCCCGAGAAGGCAUUUGUCAGAUAAUGUAAGGAACAUAAUUGACAUUUUGGAAAAGUUGGAAGUGAAUAUAAACACUAAAGCAGUUUUGAUAUUUGUGGACGCCGAGAAAGCCUUUGACAAUAUUUCUUGGAGCUUUAUGAUGAAGAACCUCCGGGGGAUGGGGGUAGGCCAAGGGUUUGAAAAUGGUAUAGGUGCAAUAUACUCUGAUCAAAAAGCAAAGUUGAUUGUAAAUAAUGUGGUUACGGAAGAAUUUAAGAUACAAAAAGGGACACGUCAGGGAUGCCCAAUUUCCCCACUACUUUUUAUAUCAGUCCUGGAGGUUUUGCUGAACAUGAUCAGAAGGGACCAGUUGGUUAAAGGGGUGCAGGUCGGAGCUAAACAGUACAAACUGAGAGCAUUUGCAGAUGACUUGGUACUUACAUUACAAGAGCCUGAAUCUAGUACAAAAAGGGUUUUGGAAUUAAUUCAAGAGUUUGGUCAAGUGGCAGGAUUUAAAUUGAACAAGUCAAAAACUAAGGUAUUGGAGAAAAACUUAACAUCUUUUGAAAAAGAGAGGUUUCAGAAUGAAACAGGAUUAACGGUGGUUAAGAAAGUGAAGUAUUUGGGGAUAAAUAUGACAGCUAAAAAUGUGAACUUAUUUAAGGACAAUUACGAGAAAUCUUGGACAGAAGUGAAAAAAAGACUUAGAAAUUUGGUCAAAUUUGAAGCUUUCCUUGUUUGGUCGAAUAGCGGUUAUAAAGAUGAAUGUAUUGCCUAGAAUGUUGUUUUUGUUCCAAACAUUGCAAAUUGUGGACAAGAUGGACUGUUUCAAGAAGUGGCAAAAAGACAUUUCUAAAUUUGUCUGGCAGGGCAAGAAGCCCAGAAUAAAAUUUAAGAUUUUAACUGAUGCAAAGGAAAGGGGGGGAUUUGCCCUGCCAGACUUUAAACUUUACUAUGAAUCAGCAGCUUUUUGCUGGUUGAAAGACUGGCUACUUCUUGAGAAUACUGACAUUUUGGAUUUAGAAGGUUUUAAUAAUACUUUUGGGUGGCAUGCAUAUCUGUGGUAUGACAAGGUUAAAGCUCAUAAAGGUUUUAAAAAUCAUAUAGUCAGGAAAGCACUAUACAAUGUCUGGAUCAGAUACAAAGAUUUGUUGGAAAAUAAAACUCCAAGGUGGUUGUCGCCGAUGGAGGCAAAAGCUGUUAAAAAGCUUAAUAUGGAGCCGAAAUGGCCGAGAUAUUGGGAAAUUUUGGAACAAGAUGGGGACAGACUGAAAUUGCAGAGUUUUGAGAAAUUAAAAGGAAAAGUGAGAGAUUGGCUUCAUUACUAUCAAAUAAUGGAGAUUUUUAAGAUGGACAGGAAAAUUGGUUUCCAGGUGGAAAAAUCAAAAUUGGAGACUGAGCUGUUAGAAUCCAGUAUUAAAAAUCUGUCAAAAAUGUAUAACUUGCUGUUGACAUGGAAUACACAAGAUGAAACGGUUAAAUCAGCAAUGAUUAAGUGGGCUCAGGAUAUUGGUCAUAACAUUAUGUUUGCUGACUGGGAAAAGUUGUGGACCACCGGGAUGAAAUUUACGGCAUGUAAUGCCCUAAGAGAAAAUAUUAUGAAAAUGAUUUAUAGGUGGUACAUGACCCCAGUCAAGCUUGCAAAAAUCUAUCAUUUGCCUGAUAAUAAAUGUUGGAAAUGCAAAGAAAAUGAAGGUACAUUCUUUCACCUUUGGUGGACAUGCCCAAAGAUUAAGGCGUUCUGGGAAAUGAUCUACAAUGAAUUGAAAAAGGUAUUUAAAUAUACCUUCCUGAAGAAACCAGAGGCCUUUCUCUUGGGUAUUGUCGGCCAGGGGGUGGUAAAGAAGGAUAGAACAUUUUUUAUGUAUGCUACAACAGCAGCAAGAGUACUCAUUGCAAAGUAUUGGAAGACACAAGACCUACCCACCUUGGAAGAAUGGCAGAUGAAGGUGAUAGAGUACAUGGGCCUGGCAGAGAUGACGAGCAGAAUCCGAAACCAGGGAAGAGAGACAGCGGAAGAAGAUUGGAAAAAAUUUAAAGACUACUUAAAGAAAUAUUGCAAAGUUAAUGAAUGUUAAAAUGACGCUGGAUUAGAAAACAUGUGGUUAUUAGCGGUAAUGGAUAAGUUAAAGAGAAAAAGUAAGAUUAAAAUUAAGUCAAAAUAAGGGAAGGAUUUGCUGAACAAUUAAUUAGAAAUUGGAAUACAGAAAGGGGAGGUAUGAGGAAGUCGGGAAAGUAAGAUAUAAGAAAUUAAGGGUUGAAAUUAUACGUGUUUUUUAUGUUUGUUAUGUUUAUUGUAUGGUUUUGUUAUGUUUUUGUUGUUACAAUUUUUUUUGAAACUUCAAAAAAAAAAAAGAGUCUCUUGUACCAGGCAGAGAGGGUGGACUUGAAGGUGCAGAAGGGCGGGGGGGAGAAACUCCCCAGAAGGAUCAGAUAAAAGAGGGAAGAGUUUCAUUCCUGCCUAGAGAGAAUUGGGUUGCUUUUCCAUGUGACCUUUUUCAGGACUGGUUGCCACAUGUCCUCUUUUUGUAGGUCCUCUACAUUCAUGAUUAAAAUUUCUCCCCUAAGUGGAUUCUUAAAAUUAUAAAAUUGGCAAAUUGUCUCAAGUUAUUUGGUUUGGUUUGCAGUAAACCAUUUACAUUUUUCUAGUGCAUUAGACUCAGAUCUAAGGCACCCAUCUAAGCUAGCCUAGAGCAGAGAAUCACAACAGAGCAGCAUCUUAAGCUAGCCACAUCUUGUAUAAAACCCUUCUCUUGUGGCAGAACUAAAAGGACACAGGCUCAGCUACAAGAUCUUGGAGGAGUCUGGGAGGGCAAGAGUUAACGCCCCCCUGCCCUUAAGGAAAGUCCAUAUGUGCAUGUUUAACAGUUUAAUAAAUUGUUCUGUGCACACUUGCGUUCACAAAGAUGUGAACAUGAGCCCAAAUACUUUCAUGUGGCAAGCGAGGGAGCAAUAUGUAUUAUUAUUAUUAUUAUUCUUUUGUUGUUGAAAUUUCAGAACAUUGCUACUAGCAGUAUAUCACAGCUUCGAAAGCCUACAAAGAGUAGGGGUAUUUAAAAUGAGUGUCGUCAUAGCGAUCCAUGGUUAAGAGUAGAAGUUGGCAAAUGUGUCCUCUUUUUUGCUCUUCAAAAUACGGCAAGUCUACACUUGCCUAUCAUGACUGGUAACUUUCUGAGUUAUUCCUCCUUCCCCCAGGGAACUAGUCUUAUGGUAUAUAUUAAAUCCAAAAGAGAAGCAUGGAAUAAGCAGUCCUUUGUAAAAUUGCCCUGCCAUCUGCCUCCUCUUCCCUGGCGGCAAGGCCUAAACUUCCAAAAUGGUAGGGAGGAAGGAAAGGCCAAGUGGGUGAGAGAGAUGGAGAGCAGGAAUAAACAGGCUCCCCACUUAACGCGAUUUUCACUUGUAGGCACGAGGGCCCAGAACGUGACCCCCGCAAAAGUGAGGGGAGGCCUAUAUUUGGUUUUAUGUUGUAUUUUUAUGCUGUGAACCACCCUGAGACCUAUGGAUGAAGGGCAGCAUGCAAAUAUAAUAAUAAUAAUUAUCAUUAUUAUUAUUAGUACUAUUACUAUUAUUAGAACAGGGGGGUCCUCAUCCCCCAUCCCAUCCCAGAGUUCCCCAAAGGCCAAUUCCCACAGAGAUUGUCAGAGGAAAGCAGCUUCUCUUCUCUCCUGCCUCCUCCAAUUCUCCUCUCUUUCCCCUUCACUAACACAGAAGAGCUGAGUAAAAGGUUUCCUGGGUGGUUUUUCCCCUUAGAAAAUGCCUGGGUUGAGAGGAGGGCAGGCACAAUACACAUCGAAUAUAAGAAAGUGAAGGAAACUGAUUUAAAAACCAACAAGGAAGAUAUUUAUUCUGAUGAAAGUCUGCAAGGUUUCUCAGUCUUGCAUGUGAUCCAAAUAAAUCCCAUUCAUCUGAAAUGGAAUCUGGGUUUUUCGGGGUUUAUUAUUAUUAUCAAGAUGUCCGUUUCUGUCUCUUGGCUGACUCUGCCUGAUCUUCUCUUUCCCUCAUCUUCUCCCCAACAGCAAAUGUCACUCUGGAUCCAGACACAGCCCAUCCCAAACUCAUCCUGUCCGAGGAUGGGAAAAGCCUGAGAUUGGGAGACAAACCUCAAGCCCUGCCUGAUAAUCCUGAGAGAUUCAGGCGCUACUCUUGUGUGUUGGGACGUGAGAGAUUCACAGCAGGCGGACAUUUCUGGGAAGUCAAUGUGGGAAGUGGGGAAGAGUGGGCUUUGGGGGUUGCCAGGAAGUCUGUGGAGAGAAAGGGCAUCAUCUACUUAAUCCCUGAGUGGGGGAUCUGGGCUGUGGGGAAGUGGGGAGGGAAGUACUGGGCCUGCACCUCCCCUGUUUCCUCUCCUCUGUCCCUGUUUUGGGAGCCCAGGAGCAUCUGGGUGACUCUGGACUAUGAAGGGGGACGUGUGUCUUUUUCUGACGCUGACUCAGGAGCCGAACUCUACACGUUCUCAGGAGCCUCGUUCUCUGGAGAGACCCUCCUGCCUUUCUUUCAUCUGUGGGGAAAUGAAGCCCACCUCAGUAUCUCCUGUGGAGACUAA